AUGAUUCGACCUAGUCAAACACGUCGGACCUUGGCCUGUCUGAGAUGUCGUGGGGCUAAGGCGAAAUGUGUGUCAGUGGAAGGCGCAACCUCGGACAGCCGAUGUGAACGAUGUGAAAGGUUCGAGUUACCCUGCAUAUAUCCUGUCCGUAAGCGGCGGGGAACUGGUCCAGACGCCGUUGCGAAAGCAAUGCGAUUGAGGAUCAUGUCCUCAUCCCCAUCCAUAGCCGCCGUCCAUCUGCCCGCUGGUGGUCCAAAGGCAUCCCAAAUUACUAUGGCUGGCCGAACAGAUUCGAGCACCAUGUUCGCCAAUGCUCCGGACUCGCAGCAAUCACAACUCUACACAUCAGGACAUGAAACUGGUGAAACCAGCAGUACCAUUGGUUCGGGAAGUUUGCAAAAUCCUCCUCAGCGUCAGUUCAGCGUGUCUCAACACCUCGAUCCCGGUCCUUUCGAUUCAUGGGAAGCUCAAGAACAGGAACCAGGAUCUGCAUGGACUAACUCUGGCUUCAACGGCGUCAACCUUUCAACGGCCAUCAGGAGCGUGUCAGCCUCCGUCAUCACUGCUCAAGACCCAGUGUCGUUGCAUUUUUUGAGUCUGAUCGAAGCCGGGAACCUCUUCUUGUCGUUUCUCACGCAUUUGAAUGCUAUGAUAGCUAUUUUUGAUCCUAAGAUACAUACGUUUCAAAAGGUUAGGGAAGACCCGGUACUAUUCACCGCCGUACUCGCAGCAUCCGCUAAAUUCUUCAGUCGAAACUUGGCGACCGCGUUAUCCUCGCACGCACGCAUGUUGCUUCAUCGGGCCCUUUUUGCUGGGGAGUACACCACACAGAUGGUCAAGGCUUUCAUCAUAACAGUCUUCUGGAAGGAUCCGACAGAUAAAACAGCUUGGGUCGAUAUUGGAAUAGCCCUGAGGCUGAGUUAUCAGCUUGGGCUGCAUAUACCCCAUGUUGGCGAGAGCAUGGAUCAAGACGAAUCUCUAGAUCGGGACCGGACCUGGUUUUGUAUGGACAGAGUGUAUUCGGACAUGUUCAAUUUACCGACCACGAUCAAGACUGACGAGCAUGGCAAUCUUGAGCAUUGGAUCCAGCGCCUAAACUCUGAAUCGUGUCCCGCUGAUUGGCAUCUUGCUUGCUCGAUGGAAGUCGCGCAGGCGCAUCAUACCUGGAUAAAAUACAAGAGAGAGCGUGAUGACAUCCCCAUUGACUGGAGACGAAGCAUUCUAGCUGAUCUGCGCAGCCAAUAUGAUCGUCAUAUGCAACGAUGGUUUGCAUCGGAUAUACGCCUGAGUGAAAUCCAACAUCAUUUCCUGCUGUGGUAUGAUAAACGAAUGAUGGUCAGCCUCAGAUUCGAGCUUCUGGAAUGUGCAGAUCUCCAGGAUCAGCCUUUGUUGCUACAAGAAACGAUAUCGGAUACUCGUGCAUUUGUAGAUCAAACCUUGAUAGUGGCCGGAAAUGGUUCCAUGCUCUACCUCCAAGAUACCACGGCGGUGCACCUAUCAACCCUAGGAGUCAUCAUGUACAAGAUGUUUUGGCGUCUACAAUCAACUGAAAGAAAGGCAGUGAUCGAUAUGAUUCAGCAAAUUCACGGCUGCGUCAAGCCUUUCUCGAAUCAGGACAGCUCAUCACCCUUCGCCUUUAUUGCCCGUUUCUUCAAUCGUUUAGUCCGGAAGCUCAGUUCAGAAUCGCAUGCACCCAGUCGAGCGGGGUCCCCUACUUCGAUUGUACUGACCGGCGAUCAUCCUGGAACGGAGGAACAACUGAACCAGACGGCAGAAAUGUUGAACUUGGGAAUGGAAUACUUCAUUGAUCAGGAUGGACCCGACUUUCAACAAACCGAUACACAUUCUGAGGAGGCGUACUGGUGA